UAUAAAAAUUUGAAUUCUGACAGGAAGUUCGAGGGAAGUCUGUGGUUUGAUUUUGUUGUCAGUGUGAGACCGACCGAAUAUUUUCACAAGAGCAACUUCGAACCGUGCUGUUUAUUUAGUUUUCUUGUUGUUAUAUUAUAUGCUAUAGUGAAAUGGUUAUCACUUGAUUAAUUGCCAACCCUUGUCUUUAUCCUACUUUUGUAAUAUCCACCAUGGCAGACGACAUGAAAAAGUUUUGUCCGAAUUGCAGUCAACAUUAUUUCAUUCAAUUUGGGUCAUCUAAUAUUAAAGGCAAAUGGCCAUUAUUCCUACCGUGCGGCCACACUAUGUGUGAGAACUGCAUUGUCAAUGUUAUCAAGUGUUCUGAGCCUCUUGAGUGCAAGGUUUGCUUUGUUGACGCAGAAGUUAGCAAAACCGAGGCAUCUGAAGUAGUGCAGGAUAAAUCGAAGUUACAUAAAAAGUUUCCUAUCAAUCUUCUUAUGGUUGGUGAACUGACUCUAAAUCUUGUUCAGGCUUCAGAAAAUAAAAAUAAUAAUGAAGAAGAGAACCAUUUUCUAGAUUUGCAAUCUUUAAUAAAAGAUGAUGCUGCUCAAGCUGAUUGUGCAGAAUGUCACACGACAACCACAAAAAUGUGUAAACAAUGUGCCAUAGUUCUGUGUGACACUUGCUUUAAUAAAACACAUAAGAACUUUGUUAUUUUCAAGAAUCAUUUACUACAACCUAUUGACACAACAACAUUGCCAAAUGUCUGCAAAAAUCAUAAGGAGAAGCAGCUGGACUAUUACUGUAAUGACUGCAAAAAAUCCAUAUGUAUGGAUUGCAUGAUGGUUGGUGGUGAUAAGUCAUGCAAGAAUCAUGAUGUGGUAUCCUUGCAGGAGAUUAAUGAAACUUUCCUUGAAGACUUGAAUGAAAUAUCGCCUCAAGUAGAUGAAAUAUUUCGAAGGCUGACAAAGACUGCUGUAGACAUUGGAUAUUUACUUCACAAUUAUGAAACAGACACUGGAUCAGCCCACGAAAUCUCUAAAAUAAUGGCAAAUGUUGAUCAACAGUUUUCUAAACUAUGCUCUAUAGUACAAAGACAUAAGGAUGAGAUCAUGAAUAUAAUAAAACAUCUUAAAUGUUCUGAAAAAGACUCAUUAAAAAAAGCUAAAUCAGAUGUAGCUAAUGCAAUAAAGACAGCUAAGAAUGUUUUAGACAUGAUUUCAAAGGCUUCUGAUAAAAACAGGAUACAACAGAUCAAUGUGCCAGCCUUAUUAGACGAAGCAAAAAAGGUUGUAGAUACUCCAUGGUAUCUUAAUAAAAAGGAAACAAGCAAGGAAUCACUUAAGGUGAUAGUGAAUGAGGAUUUAUGUUCAUUGAUUAAUGACUACGUACAGUUAGAAGGCAAUGUAAAGUCGGUAUAUAAGUUGGCCUCUAGCUCUGAAUUAAGUGAUGACGUAGAUGUACCAGCUGCGCCAACUGCUCCUGUAUUCCCACCGGAAUUGCCGAAAGAUGCAAGGAAAACUACACCGAAACAAAAAGUUGAUAAGGAUGAUAAAAAAGCACCAGCUUUAUACAAGAGUGCUCCUCAAUAUCGCAGUAAGAGUGGAUCUGUGUCUUCUCUUAACUCAAUUAGUAGUGAUAACUCUAAUAGGAGCUAUAUCACUCCAAAUAGCAAUUAUCAGCCGCCUAUUGUCCAUCCAGUGCCACCAUUUGCAGAAAGCCAGCAUCCACAACAACUUCGAGACGGUUCUCAAGAGUUAAUCUACGUUUCACAUAUUGUCGACCCUUACAAUUUCUUCGUGCAAAGAGCGUGUUUCCAAGGACUCGUUAAAGAUAUAGUUAGGGAGUUUCGCAACGCUGGUUCUUUCUCCAGACCAUCAGUAAAUCAUAUCAUUCCGGGUAAGACAUAUUUAGCAUUCAACAAGGCCGAUAAAAUGUGGCAAAGAUGUCGCGUCACUGGUUUGGAUACAAGAAACAAACGAGAAACUUUGGUUCAAGUUUUCUACUUUGAUUUUGGCAGCGUUGAAUACGUAACAGUUGAAAACUUACGUCUUUUGCCGCCUUCGAAAAUACAGUGUCCUUUUCCACUAGCUAUCAAUUGUUCCUUGGCCAACUGUGUUCCAAUUUCCGGUGCUUGGACAAGUGACGACUCAAUCUUAAUGCAGAAAAUUAUUGACAACAAACAAGCUGUCAUUCAUAUACGUCGUUUAAUCCCGUUAACAAACGUGGACUUUAAGCUCGAGUGUGACGUCACCACAUUCGAACACGGCGUCAGCCUGGCGCACGCGCUGGUGUUCCACGACCGAGCUAAACUGCUUAACCCCAAACUAGUGUAUCCAGUAAUUAUGGAUGCAAAAGAGAAGCAUAGGCUGUAUAUGAGCCAAAAUAACUUUAAAUCGGAUACUACGGAGACGGUGACCAUUACUCAUGUUGUGAGCCCCGAUAAGUUUUUCGUAAGAAGGAGCCAUCUCCAAAGUGUAUAUGAGAAACUCACUGAAGAUUUGGAACAAGAAUUUAGUUUGGAAUCUAAUUUCGGAACUGUGUAUUUACCCGAAAUAGGCAUGGUGUGCGCGGCGCACGUGGGCGGCUCGGCGCGGGGCACGGCGCGGGGCGGCGCGCAGUGGGCGCGCGGCGCGGUGGCGGAGCUGGCGCCGCGCGGCCGCGUGCGCCUGCUGCUGCCCGACUGCGGCCGCGCGCCGCUGCUGCACUGGCAGCGCCUGCGACAUCUGCCGCAUAAGUACACCACGCUCAGCGCACUCGCUACCGAGUGCCAUUUGGCUGGUAUCACACCUGCUAAUAAAAAGUGGUCCAAGGCCUCUGUCGAAUUUCUUCAACGCUACGAAGGAAAGUUGUUGGAGCUUCAAGUUGAAGAUAAUCGCCAUAGAAGAGGUCAUCGAAGUCAGGGCUCCAUUGGCGUAACGUUAUAUGAUAAAGAAGACAUCGAUAACGUUAUUUGCAUUAAUACGGAAAUGGUCAAACACAAGUUCGCUAUAACAUUUGGAAUUUAUGGCUUCAACAAAAAUCUCGCAGAACAACAACAAGCUACUCCAAAACAGUCACCACCUCAAAAACUCUCCCAAACCAAACCGAGAGUUGAAGAAGUCGUUGCAAAAUCACCUAAAAACAAUACUGAUAGUGAUUCAAGUGACAAUAUGCAAGCCAAAGACAAAGGGCCUUUAAGGUUAGAAGCUAAAAUCCUGUAUUACGAAUCUCCCUCACACAUUUAUAUUUCAUUGUUACAACAACAAAAAAACUUCAAUGAAUUGUUUGAAGCUAUUCAAAAAUAUUACUCCAAGAGUAAAACCCAAUCAAAGGACGAUUGGAAAGUUGGCGAUAGAUGUUGCUCAUUGUGCAACCUAUCUAAUACUUGGCGUCGCGCAAACAUUUUAGAACUAGAUAAUGACACGGCUAAAGUAUUUUACGGAGACUUUGCGUGUACUGAAACUGUCCCGAGGGCCAAUCUAAGAGUUUUGACCUCCGAGUUUGCUGCGAUUGGUGACGCCGCUUUAAAAUGCCAUCUGUACGGAAUCAUACCAGCCAUUGGUGAAGAAUGGCCCUUGGUCACCAAAGAGUGCCUAAAAGAGCUCCUUGAUUUUUACAAGCGCGUGUUCAUAACGAAGUUAGGAAACUUUAAAGACAACAGCAUGCCAAUUGAAAUUUGGGUGUACCAUACUGUACAAGGAGGUGCUUUAGAACCUAACACGUCUGAGUGGCGUUGUUUAAACAAAAUAAUUAUAGAACGUGGGCUCGGAGUACCUGACAAGACGCAAGUGGUUGACUCUACCGACAAUCUCGAUGAUCUGGGUGAUACUCUAUCUUUCCUUAAUAUCAAAGGAUCAAUUAACGAAUGGUUACAGUUAGAACCAAUACCUAUGGUGCCUUUGAAGUCCAUAAUAAAAGAAAACUCAGAAGGUGAAAGUAGUGCAAAUACAUCCAUGUCAGUUAGAGAGAGUGAUGAUAGCAAAGAUAGAAGUACAGAAAGUCCAGAAUCUUCCAAUGUUAUGUACAUAACUGACUGGUUGCCACCAGAACCUCUGACUUGCAAGGAGUUUACCGCACUACCAACUUACAUAGAUAACGACGGUAUUAUUUACCUACAUGACGUAUCGCAACAAGACACGUUGGAUUUAAUUCGGAAAGCACUCGACGUUCGUUUUAAAAACCCAGAUCCAAAAGCACAAUACAUGAAAUGGGCGGUUGGCGAACCCUGUGCUGCGUUAUAUUACUUAGAUAACCGCUAUUACAGAGGUCGAGUAGUGGAAGUUAACAAAGAAGAUUCUAACUGCUUGAUACAUUACAUCGAUUACGGCAAUGAAGAAUUGUGUUCCUUUGAAAACCUACGAAAAAGUGUUCCUCUCCAUCAGAUAGCAACCCAAGCAAACAAAUGUAUUCUAAACCGUAUCCGCCCCGUUAAUACACAUUGGGAUAGACAAACUUUAGACUACAUACAUAAAUCAAUUGUAGAAAAAAAAUGUCAUGUAAAAAUUUGUGGCGAACCAAUAAAUGGAAUUUAUCCCAUAGAGUUGAAAUUCGACAAGCUCAAGAUCAACGACCAUUUGGUUGAUUUCGAAAUGGCGGAGUAUUCCGAUGGCUCAAAAGCACUGAUAAGAAAGUUUGCUCCCUCAGAAGAUUUAACAAAUAACGAAAAACAAGAUGUCACACUAGAAACUGAUUCUGGUCCAGAUUAUAUAGUUGUUGAAGAAUCCGACAAUACCAUCGAACAAUUAUCGACAACUUCAGAUUCUUUUGAUCACUCUUUAAAAGGAACUGAUUGGAACAAGUUAAUGGAACAAGAAGAAGCUUCUCUCGAGGGAAAAUAUAUUUCAUACCCAAAAGAUUUACAAGAAGAAUUCAAAUGUAAUAUUUCUAUUAUUAAUGACUUGAAUACAUUACAGUUAAGUAUAAUAUUUGAUGAGGACACGACUAGAACUUAUGAUCAAAUGUUUGAAGAACUUCAGAAUGAAAGUACGAAUAUGACUCCAUUGAAUGGUAUUUUUGAAAAUAAAGCUUGCAUUGCUCUUUUUCCUGAAGACGGUCGCUGGUAUCGAGCGUCCAUUUUGCAAUUUAGUGAAACCAAAAAUUUACUUAAAGUAAAAUAUGUUGAUUAUGGUAAUACCGAAGUUAUUUCUUUAGCUGAUACUAGAGAGAUUAGUGAGGAAUGGGUUAGUCUUCCACCUGCUACUAUAUCAGCCAAAUUACAUGGGGUUAAAGUAAACCCGGAAAUCGACAUUACAGUGGUAACAGAGGCUUACUCAAAAACUUUCUUGGACCAAGGACCAUUCCACGUUAAGGUGAUAAGUUAUAAUGAUUCACUCCCAUUGGUGGAGUUAAAAAAUGAUGACGAUGAUUUGGUUUAUACAGAACUUAUAGAAAAGAAUAUAUUUCUUAAGUGCGAAUAAAAGGAUGUUUAUAAAGCGUUCCAUUUUUGUUAAUUUAAAAUCAUAGCAAUUUAUUGUAAAAAAAUAGUUUCUUAAUCCUGCGAAAUGUGAUGGAUUCUGUUUUAUUGAAGGUACGUUUCAUUAGGUUUAUUCAGAAUAGAAUAUCUUUUUUUUUUUCGUUUUUUAGGUAUCAAAUUGAAAGUCUUACAUAUUAUGUAAACUUUGUUGAUUUACAAUGGACACGAUUUUUUAAGAGUGAUUAAUUCUUAGUUAUUUUUAUUUUCCACUGAAGUCCAAUAAACUUACAUUUUGUAGGUAUAUUCGUUGUAUUCCAAGUGAACUAAAAACUAAAUAAAAACAAUAUAUCGCA